GUUCAGACACAAGUUGCAACACCCUGGGGUGACCCGUGUGGCGUCUCUUCAUGGGGAGAGAGUCAAACAACACGAGCAUGGACACCAGGGUACAGGGUAUGUAACAUCUAUAAUGUAAAACUCUUGCCACCAACAUGAUCCUACAGGAGAAAUAAAGUUCAACGAUCACUAGCCAGUUACUACAGCUUGUUUGCAAGUUGUAGGGCACUGAACUCUACUUGGUUUACCUUUUUGUCAAGUCUGUGACAGUGUUAAUAUGAGAAGCUCCUGCAUUCAAAGGGUUAAAUGAGAAGACAUGGAUGAAGUGUUGUGGAGGUGCUGGUGUUCAGCAGAGGGCACAGACAAUCGCUGUCGUGUUUUAGCGAGAACACUGGCUACAGACACUGCCUCCCACUGAUGUGAUGGUAUUAAAGGGAGACCACUGUCAGCAAUGUCCAGUCAUCCGCCAUCUGCUACACAACAGGUAGUGAACUUAGCAGAAGCCCAGGCGUUGUGGCUGCAAUGGGUUGAGGCCGAGUUUUCUGACCUCGAGUUUCGCACCUACUUCCUGCCUCCUGUCUACGUCAACCGAGUGCCCAUGACAAGACAGUCGGUAGCUGGUCAGGAUGUUCUGGUCCUUGAGUCAGCACCUGGACAGGCUGGUCAGUCUAACAAACAGGCAAUGGCUUCAUCUGCUGCAGCUCAGGCUCUCAGUCCCCAGCCUCCUCGAGUUCAGGACAGUGAUGUCAGAGACGAUGCCGCCUUGGAGCGGGUCCUCAAGUGUCUGCAGAAAAUAUCUGAAGAAAAUAAAGAAGUUUUGGUAGGACUUAGUCAGCUGAAGUUCGACCAGUGUUUAGGUGAACCUUGUUACUCAGCCGUAGCUGCCCAGCUACCUGUUGCCGACAGUCUUCCGUCAUCAUUUCCAAAAAAUUGGAAACAAGGAGACUUUGAUGUGCUUCUUAUUCACCGACAUUACGGGUUUGUCGUCUGUGAAGUAAAAGCCUUUGGUGACAAUAUUCAAGAACUUAACAUGCCACAGCAGGAUAUAGACGAUAACAUUAGAAAGAAACUAAAACAGGCCGCCUCACAGCUGGACAAGGCGGAGGCCAUGUUGUCUCACCUGGUGUCCGACAUCGCUCCCGGUCUGCGCAUCACUAAGACCAUCGCUUUCCCCAACCUCACGGCUUGUCAACUUCAACAGGCCAUCUCCGGCGACACCCGAAUGUCUCAAGACCUGUGUCGGUGUCUGGGAACAUCAAAACCCGUCGACAUCGCUGGUAUGUGUCUGUGCUCUGAUCAGUUGUCUGAUCCCAAGACAUCGUGUGACGUCAGUAGUCACGUGCUGAGUAAACUCGGACACUGGUGGCAGCGACGUGUGGCUGGGGCUGGACCUGACCCUCACAUGACUUUUGACCUCUACAAGACUUUGGUUGCCCGGUUCUGUGGUCCGGCGACAACAGUGACUGUGCCAUGCACAUGUCCUCCACGUGUGAGUGUCAAGACCUUGGGUCAGGCCGUGUCACAUACAGGACAGUGCUAUACUGCUGUAAUCACACUCUUCCCGGAGCAAGUUCACCUGCUACACACGGCGCCUCCCAGACUCUUUGUCACCGGGCCGCCCGGCACAGGUAAAACUGUGGUGCUGCUGCUUAUGGCCAUAGAGUGGCUGCGAUGUGGUCACCACGUCUACAUUGUCAGUACUUGGUGGGGGAGUCGUGCAUCGAGCAUCAUGUUGUAUCACCUGUUGCUGCAGACAGCAAACACACAACAGUCACCAGGUUUAUCACCCGGUCAGCUUCACCUGCUGCAGUAUGAUGUCAAAGAGGAGGGAUGGAAGGCCGUCAACGAGUUGUUACAGGCAACAAUACUUGGGGUGGCCUAUGUCAUCGCCGAUGAAGUGAAUGGGGACUUCAAGAAUUUUGUCGAAUGGUUGGUAACGCAGAUUCCUGAUGUCCAUGUCUGGGCCGCAAGUUGUUACCAUGUAGACGCACCCUACGGGUGGCAAAUGGAAUAUUUAACCAGACCCCUCCGCUCUCCACCGGUCGUCGUCAGGGAAGUCGAGCAAAGCAAAAUAAUGGAGGACAAAUAUGUCCUGCGGUACAGUAAGCGUUGUGUUCCCGACCACACAGACGGCCCGCCAGUCAGGCGACUGCAUCACCGAGGUCAAGGUCACUCAGGUGACUGGCCGAUCAACUGUGUCACGUGCGGUCGUGACGUGGCCAGAGUCCUACACAGUCUCCGUGUUGCUGUUACGGAUACUGUCGUCAUCUCCGGUGGCACAACACCUGCCUGCCUGCAGUGGCGAGACGUGCUGGUGUUGUAUGGAGGUAAAACUAGACAAGUCUCGGGUUUAUCUGUGAUGACGGGUCUGAGAGAAGCGGGUAUCCCAGUGCGGGUGAUGGAGGAGGAGGACAUUGAGGACGUGGCUACAGCCCGCAGUGACGUGGUGUGGAUGACAAAUGUAGAGCGUGUUCUCGGUCUGGAGAGAAAAGUCAUCGUCCACUUGGUAACGGAAGGUGACGUGGAUUUCUAUGACCGACUUCAACUUAUGUCCCGAUGUACGUCACAACUGUUGAUUGUGUCUCCCUCGUCACAUCACACUGUUACAGGUGUUCAAGCCCUUCCUGUCGAGGCUACAGAGUCUGGCUCCGACUCAUGUACUACACAAGGUACAAAGACAAGCAGCAGCCCUGUCUCUUCUACCCAGCUGAAGGAACCCAUUUCUUCAAAAAUUCAGUCACCAUUGCCACAGUGCGAUGAAUUCUUGUUUCCUGAUCUACAAUCUCGUGCCUACUUCCUGCCUCCUGCCUACGUCAGCAACCGACAGAUGAUUGGUCAGGAGGUUCAGAUCCUUCAUCAUGAAGCCACGAAGGGACUGUUCUUGAAGCUGGAUAAAAUGUCUAAACACAACGGAGAAGUGUUGGUCGGAGUAAGCCGCCUUAAGUUUGGACUGCAUCUUAAUGAAGUUUCUUUAGCUGCCACAGCUACACAGCUGCUCCUACCCUCCAGACUUCCUAACCUUCUGCCUCGGAACUCCAAUCAGGGGGACACUGACGUGUUUCUUAUUUCCAGAUAUUAUGGGGUAGUUGUUUGUGAGGUGAAGGCUAUUGGUGACAACAAACAAGGGCAGAGAAUAUCAGAGGGAGAGAUGGACAGUGAAAUCAGACAGAAGCUGCAACAGGCCGCAAUACAUCUGGACGAGGACGAGACCAUGUUGUCAAGACUAGUGAGUGACAUCGCCCCCGGUCUGCCCAUCAUUAAAACCAUCGUGUUCCCUAACAUCACAGCUAGACAGGUGCAGCAGGCUAUAUCUGGUGACACUCAGCUAACCCAGACAUUGAGUCAGUGUCUGGGAUCAGAAGACCCCUCCGACAUCUGUGGACUGUGCCUGUGCUCCGAUGAUUUGUCUGACCCCAUGACCCCACGGAACGACAGUAGGGACGUGAGGACACUCACACUUUGGUGGCGGCGACGAGUGGCUGGGCUUGGGGUUAACGGUCAAAUGACAUGUGACGUGUACAAGGCACUGGUAGCCAGGCUUUCUGGUCCGGCGAAAACAGUGACUGUGCCAUGUACAAGUCCUCCAGGCGUGAGUGUUAAGACCCUGGGUCAGGCCGCUUGGUGUACAGGAGAGUGUUAUACUGCUGUAAUAACACUAUUCCCGGAGCAAGUUCACCUGCUACACACGGCGCCUCCCAGGCUUUUUGUCACCGGAUCGCCCGGUACAGGUAAAACUGUGGUGCUGCUGCUGAUGGCCAUAGAGUGGCUGCGAUGUGGUCACCACGUCUACAUUGUCAGUACCUGUAGUGAGAGUCGUGCAGCGAGCAUUAUGUUGCAUUACCUGUUGCUGCAGACAGUAAAGACACAACAGUUUGCAGAUGUAUCACACGGUCAGCUUCACCUCCUGCAGUAUGAUCUUGAUGACAGUGAAGACGUGGAGAAGGCCGUCAACGACUUGUCACAUGCGGCGAUAAGAGGGUCGUUGUACGUCAUCGCUGAUGAAGUAGGGAGUGAGUUGAGAAUCAACAACUUUGGGACUUUCUGUGACAAGCUGCUGACACAAGUUCCUCGUCUCCAUUUUUGGGCGGCAAGUUGUUUCCCUGAAUACGCACCCGCCGGUUGGGAAGUUCAAUAUUUAACCAGACUCCUCCGCUCUCCACCUGUCGUCGACAAGGAAGACGAGCAGGACCUGAGGAUCACUAGAUGCCGUGAUUUCGACCCGUACAGUGAGCGAGGUGUGCCCGAGCACACAGACGGCCCGUCAGUCACACAAUGUAUCACUGUGGUCAGGGUCACUCAAGUCGCUGGCCAGGUGACUGUGUCACGUGCGGUCGUGAGCUGGCCAGCUUCCUACACAGUCUCCGUGUUGGUGUUACGGAGAGCAGCACAACAACAUCUACAACAUUGACCUCUACCAUCGGCAGCACAACACCAACCUGUCUACAGUGGAGAGAUGUGCUGGUGUUUUCCUGGCGUGACGUAAGUGAUCAGUCGGGUGUGAUCACAGGACUGCAAGAAGCGGGUAUCCCAGCGCGGGUGAUGAAGGAUGAUGACAUCGAAGACGUGGCCACCGCCCACAGUGACGUGGUGUGGGUGACGAAUGCACGUGUUUAUGGUCUGGAGAGAAAAGUUGUCGUCUAUCUGGAGUACUCUGAUUUUGAUUCAUUCAGUUUUAUGGAGUUUUGUCUAGGUAGCGAUUGCUCUUCGCGACUCUACCUCAUGCCCCGCAGUGCUUCACAACGUGUGAUUGUCUCCCUUUACUACUAGCCGCCUGAAGGUGACUGUCACUGACACACCUUUCACCUGUUGUAGUCGAGUGUCUGUCUGACAUCAACACUUCAGUGUUUCUCCUCUUAUACUUUCAGUCUAUCAUCACGUCAUCACCUCAUGACGUCAUGCAAUGACGUUCUCGCAAGGAUACUUAGAAAUAACUUAUUUAAAAUAUAUUUUUCAAGUUUUUCUGUUACAGACGUGUAUGUGUCUGUGUGGUAGUGUCAUCAUGUAUAUGCGUGUGUCUGUGUUAAUGUGUCAUCAUAUCCGUGCGUGUGUUAAUCUAUAAGUGUGAUAUUUGUGUCAAUGUGUCAGUCUACAAGUGUGAUAUCAGGAUUAAUGUGUCUAUAAGAGGUUGUACACGUGCUGUCAAAGGGCUUCAGCAGACUGUAAUAUCAGUGCCGUGCACUUAAGUGUUUAAUCUGAUAUUGUCUACUGCCAGCGGUAAGCAAACUGGACAGAACUCUGUGUCUAAAUACAGACACGAGUGGUUCAUCAAAACUCGCUUCAUUGAGUUAAGAGAUUCAUUGAUGCAAACACAAAAAGCAAUAGCGGCUCACUUAUACAACACAUCUUACAAGUUUAACUGUUUGACACAAACACAUUCACACGAUGUACAAAUGUUCUUUCAAAUCGUUUAUAAAUGUCUCCCAAAAGUUUCAGAGUGAGUGUUUUAAUAAAGAUUGUUGUUGUUAGUUUAAAACAGAUACACACUGUUGUGAAGUGGUUAAAAUAGUUUAAAAGUCGUGUCCCCUGAGGCACAACGUGUGCAUUGUUUCAACAAAGACAAACAACAAUGAUUUUACAAGGAACUUCCCGCCCAGUUUUACAAUAUAAAUAUAUUUAAUAACCAACACCAGACAUCAAAUGAACAAAUAAAUAUCAAUGACAGGAUUCAAUACCAUCGCCACAAUCACAUGACGCUGUUACAGUUGGCCAACAUGUUGUCACGAAGACAGUCUUUCCCUCACAACACACUUUACCCUGGCCGUGACAUGUCAUGACAAGAAAUCUCAGAAUCAGCCUCACAGAAACUCAAGUGUUGACAAGCAAACAAGAAAACUAAUGAGGAAAUAAAAGGACGACGAAUUGUU